GUUACGUCACAGUGGGCGGAAGUCAGGGCCGCUGUUUUGAAAUCAGGCCGCCGGAGUUUUAUAAGCCUCUGUUCACCCAGAGGCCGGCAACACUGGGCGCCCAUAGGGUCCGCCUGACUGUCCUUUUCCGGCCCCGCGGCCCUGAGGCCGCAGUUGCGCCAUGUCCACCCCUCCGUUAGCUGCGUCCGGGAUGGCGCCCGGGCCCUUCGCCGGGCCCCAGGCCCAGCAAGCCGCCCGGGAGGUCAACACGGCCUCGCUCUGCCGGAUCGGGCAGGAGACGGUCCAGGACAUCGUGUACCGCACCAUGGAGAUCUUCCAGCUCCUGAGGAACAUGCAGCUCCCAAAUGGUGUCACGUACCAUACUGGAACAUACCAAGAUCGGUUAGCAAAGCUCCAGGAUCAUCUUCGCCAACUUUCUAUCCUCUUCCGGAAGCUGCGGUUGGUGUAUGACAAAUGCAAUGAAAACUGUGGCGGCAUGGACCCCAUUCCAGUAGAGCAACUUAUUCCAUACGUGGAAGAAGACGGCUCGAAGAAUGACGACCGGGCCGGCCCGCCUCGUUUUGCCAGCGAAGAGAGGCGAGAAAUUGCCGAAGUGAAUAAAAAACUCAAACAGAAGAAUCAACAGCUGAAGCAAAUUAUGGAUCAAUUACGAAAUCUCAUCUGGGAUAUAAAUGCCAUGUUGGCAAUGAGGAACUAAACUGAUAUUUAAAUUUCCUGCUUCACACACGUUAUACCAUUUUUUCCCCUCAAGUAUUUUUCCCUUUGAAGAAGACUAUUUAUGUGUUUGUAUUCUAGUCAGUAGAAUUAAAGUUCCUAUUUUACAGUGUGGUUUUACAGUAAAGUAUUCAUUGGCAGUCUUUUUAAGCUGUUGCUUCUGUGAAAGAUUAUUAUAAUAAACUUUGAUAGGGUUUGUGUUUUGGUUAAUCUUCAUGAAUUGAAUGAUUGUUUUUUAAAAGCAAAAUAAUUAAAUUUUGUAAAUAAAUUUUUAAGUUUG